GGCAGACUCUACUCCGCCCUGUACUCCCCUUAAAUAGCAUCACACAAUAACGCACACUCCACUUAAAUCUUUCUCCAUGGCAACCGCUCCUGGAACAGAAAACACUUCCAGCACAGUACAAAAGCAGACAGGCUGGAAUUUCGUGUUAUAAUGCGCUAAGGAAUUACUGGAAGCUGGUGCCUUGCAGCAAGCCUCCGAGGGUUAUGCACUUCAUCAAGGAGUAAACAGCACAAGCUGUGUGUCUCUCAGUGUCCCUGCACUCCCAGAGUCCAGCCAUGCCCGUUCCACCAGAGGUCCUGUGGACAUGGAUGGAGCUGCACGACUCCGUGUCCUUAUACUCCGCUGAAAAGAAGAUCCGCCGUGCAGCUGGGCUGAAGCGCUGGCAGCUCCAGCGUUGGCCCCGCCUGCCCUCUGGGCUUCAGCACUCGCUCUUGGAUGAACGCAGGCUGCACCGGGCCGCCUGGAACGGCUGCCUAGAGCAGGUCAAAGCCCUCCUCGAGCUGGGCGUCCCGGCAGAGUGCCAGGACCCCCAGGGCUGGACAGCAGUCCACCAUGCUGCAUUCAGCGGACACCUCCCUGUGGUCAAGUUCUUGCUGCAGCGAGGCACCGAGGUCAACUGCAGGGACUUCUUCAACUGCACACCACUUCAUCGAGCCUGCUGGAGUGGUCACACACAGGUAGCCGAGUACCUCCUUCAGCUGGGGGCCUCCCAUGAGACACGGACAUGCUCGGGCCAGACGCCCCUGCAUCUAGCUGCGGCUAACGGGCACUUGGGCACAGUCCGUACCCUGCUGAAGUGUCACUCCCAGCCGGAUUCCCGGGACAUCCACAAAUGGACCCCGCUCCACUGGGCAGUGUUCAACGGGUGGGGUGAGGUGGUGGAGCUGCUGCUGGGGGCCGGGGUGGGGGUGGAUGGAGACGAGGGUGAAGACAUGAGCCCCCUGCAACUGGCCGUGCUGGCUGGGAACGAGACCAGCGUCAAACUCCUGCUACACUGUGGCGCCGACGUCAAUGCCAAGAACCACAAUGGGCAGACGGCCCUGCACAUCUGCGCAGCCUCAGGCAACAAGAAGAUUCUUCAGCAGCUGCUGACAGGAGGUGCCAAGGUGGAGGUGGCAGACGCGGACCUUGUGGUUCCACUGCACCUGGCAGCAGGGGUUGGCUCCCGUACUGUUGUGCACCUACUGAUCCUGAGCGGGGCGGGACUGAACACCCAAGACCGUCUGCUGAUGACUCCCCUGCAUUACUCAGCCUUGCGGGGCAACACGGAAGCGGCAAAGCUGCUGCUGCACUAUGGGGCAGAGGUGAACACCGUUGAGCGGCUGGGAAGGACGCCACUCCACCUGGCCUCUGAGAGGGGCCACUGCGAUGUGCUUCGCAUGUUGCUGGAGGGCGGCGCCGACCCAUCGCUGCGGUCACACUGGCAGGAGACUGCUGGCGACAUUGCCUCAGAGCAUGAGCAGCACAGUGCACUUCAGGUUCUCUGGCAGUAUCAGAGGUCCCAGAAAAAGACUCAAACCCGGGGCCUUCAACACAGCAUCCAGCAGCAGAUUUACUAAGGGAGGUUAAAAGCACAGACACACUGCGGGCAGGCAGGUAUAAUUUUCUACUGAGUUAAAACUCAGUGAUGAAAAAUGAGUAUUUCCUUACCAGAGAGAGCUGUCAACUUUAGUUCCUCUGUGUGGAAACUCAGUCAUAUUGUGAAAUAAUGAGUGGAUGGUUGUCAGAAUGAAGAGACAUUUAUGUAUGU